GAGGGGGCGGUGACACCGAUCACCCUGACCCUGGCGCGAAGCGGCGUCGCGCGCGGUUACAGGUGCCCGCGGCGGGCCGCGGCUGGAGCCUGCUCCAGUUGGCCAGGAGGGAGGAGGGGCGCCGUGUUCGCGUCCUGCCCCUCGCGCCCAGGAUGGACGUGCCCGCCCGGGUGUCCAGACGAGCGGCGGCGGCGGCGGCCACGAUGCUUCUGCGUACGGCGCGUGUCCCCCGCGAGUGCUGGUUCCUGCCGACCGCGCUGCUCUGUGCCUAUGGCUUCUUCGCAAACCUCCGGCCAUCGGAGCCCUUCCUCACGCCCUAUUUGCUGGGGCCAGACAAGAACCUGACUCAGAGACAGGUCUUCAAUGAAAUUUAUCCCGUGUGGACAUACUCUUACCUGGUGCUGCUGUUUCCCGUGUUCCUCGCCACAGACUACCUCCGCUACAAGCCCGUCAUUCUGCUCCAGGGCUUCAGCCUGAUCGUCACGUGGUUCAUGCUGCUGUAUGCCCAGGGGCUGCUGGCCGUUCAGCUCCUGGAGUUCUUCUAUGGCGUCUCCACGGCCACGGAAGUCGCCUACUACUCCUAUAUCUACACCGUGGUCGACCUGGGCAUGUACCAGAGAGUCACGAGUUACUGUCGAAGUGCCACGUUGGUGGGCUUCACGGUGGGCUCCGUCCUCGGGCAAAUCCUCGUCUCCGUGGCGGACUGGUCCCUCUUCAGCUUGAACGUCAUCUCCCUCACCUGUGUCUCUGUCGCUUUUGCUGUGGCCUGGUUCCUGCCUAUGCCACAGAAAAGCCUCUUCUUUCACCACAUUCCUUCCUCCUGUCAGGGAGUGAAUGACGUCAAGGUACAAAAUGGUGGCAUCAUUGCUGAUACCCCGGCAUCUAACCACCUUCCUGGAUGGGAGGACAUUGAGUCAAAAAUCCCUCUAAAUUUAGAUGAGCCUCCUGCGGAGGAACCGGAGGAGCCCAAGCCAGACCGGCUGCGUGUGUUCAAAGUCCUGUGGAAUGACUUCCUGAUCUGUUACUCCUCCCGCCCUCUGCUCUGCUGGUCCGUGUGGUGGGCCCUCUCCACCUGCGGCUAUUUCCAAGUGGUGAACUACACACAAGGACUGUGGGAGAAGGUGAUGCCCUUUCAGCAUGCUGACAUCUACAAUGGCGGUGUGGAGGCUGUCUCAACCUUGCUGGGUGCUAGUGCUGUAUUUGCAGUUGGUUAUAUAAAAAUAUCUUGGUCAACUUGGGGAGAAGUGACUUUAUUCCUGUGUUCUCUCCUGAUUGCUGCUGCAGUGUAUGUCAUGGACACUGUGGGGAACAUUUGGGUGUGCUAUGCAUCCUAUGUUGUCUUCAGAAUCAUCUAUAUGGUACUCAUCACCAUAGCAACUUUCCAGAUUGCUGCAAACCUGAGCAUGGAGCGUUACGCCCUCGUGUUUGGUGUAAACACCUUCAUUGCGCUGGCAUUGCAGACUCUGCUCACACUAAUUGUGGUCGAUGCCAGGGGCCUUGGCUUAGACAUUACCACUCAGUUCCUGAUUUACGCCAGCUACUUUGCAGCCAUCUCUCUGGUUUUCCUGACCAAUGGUACAAUCAGUAUUAUAAAGAAGUGCAGAAAGCAGGACGAGCCCAGCCCCAGCCCUGAAGCAGCCUCUUCCUAACACGCCGCCUGGUGAAAAGCUGCAGCUUCCAAGCAAGGACUCCGCCCCGCAGCAGCCUGGAUGUAGUUAAACUCUCUAUGGUUCAGAUAAAUACUCAUGAAUGUG